UCUAAAUGAUAGUCGGUUUAUUGCUUGAAUCUUAUAUAUUUAUGUAUAGUUUUUGUGUAUCAUAACUUUUCAUUUCGUUCGUUCGGAAUGCUCGCACGGUAUUGAAAAAAUCGUCGAAUGUAUUGUACCGCGCGUAAAUUUGCGACAUAUAUCCGUAAUUUUUGAAAAUGAAGUACCGCGAGUUAAUCUAUCUUCGGUAGUACGUGUGUUUAAGUGCAUAAGUGUAAAUUUGUGGUGAAUCCAUCAUAGAAUUUAUUAAUUCUGAUGUAAAGCAGUUUAAAGCGGAAUCAACAGCAGAUGAAGCAGCAGAUUUUUAAACUUUAAUACUCUAGCUGGUAUAAUUGACGGUAUUUAGCUAGAGUACAACUACCGGUUAUUUCGUCUAGUUUUCUUCGGCUGCGUUUUUUGGCUGCGUUCUUCGGUUGCAUUCUUCGAUUGCAAUGAUCGGAAUGGAAGCGAGCUCGCAAUCCUGCAACUGGUCUCUUAGGAGCGUAAGGCCGGAUAUUCCGCAUUCGUGCUUCGAAAAUAUAAGAGAAUCUCAUUCCGGACUUAUCGACAAACGAACUUGCUCGCGUUUGCAUAAUCUGGAAAAUCCGGAAGACGCAAUCGUCUGUAGACUGAUCGACUUCGCGAAGACGAUACCCCGAGGGUGCAAUUUCCUGGGGUUUAUGCCAUUCCCGAGCGACGCAGGUGCGCCGUAUAUUCAUCCACGUGUAAAGAUUACUUACGGAUAUUGGCACGCAACGAAUGAAAAUUAUCGCUGGUCAUUGCUGCUGCGUUUUACGAUUUCCAUGGAGUGAAUAUGCUGACCAGUAUGAAGUUUUUUCGCGUCAUCCUGGCGCUCUUAGGAGGCACGCAUGUCCUAUACGCGCAGCCGUCGGCGUCUCCAACUGUGAAAACCGGUGGCUCCAGUAUCGCUAGUGUAGUAGCAGGGAGCAAGCCGACGAGAUCCUGGGACAACAAACCUCAAUUCGACGAUAUUGCACCGCGAAAUGUCACUGCCAUCGUCGGCCAGACGGCGGAGCUGAACUGUUACGUCAAGCAUCCGGGUGACCGUGUGGUUUCCUGGAUACGUAAGAGGGAUUUGCAUAUCCUGACGUCAUCGAUCCAUGCUUACACGGGAGACGCAAGAUUUUCCGUUAAGCACCCCGAAGCAUCCGACGAAUGGACGCUGAAGAUCGCUUACGUUCAACCGCGGGACGCCGGGGUUUACGAAUGCCAGGUUAACACCGAGCCGAAAAUGAACUUAGCCUUCAUGUUAAAAGUCGAAGAAAGUGCCCCUGUCCCUGCCACCACCACACCGAACGCCAUUCACCGGACGUUCAACUCAGCUGCUCAGGCAACAAUCGUAGGGCCGGAAGAUGUAUACGUGAAGAAGGGUAGCACAAUAAGCCUCAUAUGCGAAGUUAAUGUGCGAAGUACGCCUCCCAGCAGCGUUUCGUGGCAUCACGGAGGAGCGGUGGUGGAUUUCGACAGUCCCAGGGGCGGGGUUUCCCUGGAGACAGAGAAAACGGACACCGGCACGACGAGCAGACUACUGGUGACACAGGCCAGAUUGACCGACAGCGGAAAUUACACCUGCAUCCCUAGCAACGCGAAUCCAGCGAGCGUAAUGGUCCACGUGCUGAAUGGCGAACAUCCAGCGGCGAUGCAGCACGGUGGCAGCUGCGGCGUGACUCCGACUAUUCUACUCGCCAGCAUCACUCUCAUAGUCGCGAAUUUGUUAAGGUGAGCAACCGCGUCGUGAAUCGUGCAUCCUAAAAGAAAAAGAAAGAAAGAAAGUUAAAACGUUUCGACGAUCGGAAAAAAAAGUCCAAAGUGAAACGCGGCGAUUGACGGUCGCGAAAUGGAUCACAUUCGGAAAAAUCGUUCGGCCGACCGCGACAGAUCGCUUUAACUCACGCGUCGCUGUCACACGUUAUCCGCUCGUCGAGUGCUCGGGACGACGGCAAGAGAGAAUCACAGUGCGGACCAAGUGCAGUGGACCUGUGAAGGACCCAGUGACGCGCUGUGAAGGACCCAGUGACGUGGCGGACGAACUUUAGCACGUACGUUUUUAACACGAAUAUCUUUCUCAGAUUCUUCCUUCUUUUGUAUGGAAUCGUCGUGUUGAAUGUGUUGUUGGCGUAUAGUGAUCGUCCGCGACGAUGCUGUCAAUGAGACGAGAGUGUUGAUGAAGAGUGUUUAGAGUGUAUACGAGGUUAUCAUCCCUUUAAAGGAGAAUGAGAGGAUUGAUCAUUUUAGUAAUAAUUGUAGAUAGGUCUAUUCUCGAUAUGUUUCUGUUUGUUUAUUGCAAACAGAGAUUUUUCAUAUUGAAUUACUCUUGCUAGAUCGAUGCGUGGUCUUGCUUUGUCGUUCGAUGAUCAAAAUGUAAUUUGCAUAACAACAAGUUGUUUUCCCUCCACUCAUCUUAUUUCAAGAAGCUCUUUUACAAAGUUGUCACUAGUGAUUCUUUUCGAUGAUUAAAACGCAUCAAAAUAAAUUCUCCGAUCAAUCAAAAUAUAAUCAAACGGAUAUCAACGAUCACGAACAACGGACAUUAAGAUGUAUUAAACAUAAAGUUCGUGUACAGAUAAGUAUGAAAAGAUAAUACGUACAUAUAUUUAAAUAGGCGAGUGAUAAGCGUUCAGUAUGUAUUAUAAUAAUAUUGCGUCGACAUGCGGAAAGUAUAAUUCGAAAGAUCCAAGUGUAAGCAUAAGAGAAAUAACAGGUUCCUUUGCAGAACUAAUGAAAAGUCGCUUUUGGCCAUAAUAUUAUAACUUGUUUUAAUUUGCUAGGAAACCUUGAGAUGUUGUUUGCCGUAGUUAAAUUAUUGUUAAAAUUUGUAUCGUAAAAUUUAAAAUUUUAUACUUUAUAUAUACAAUUUAUAUUCAUACCUAUUUUUCUGUUGUAAAAGUUUAAUAAUUUUCCAGUUACCUAAAAUAAUGUUUUUAGGAGAAAUUAAAAAGGGUGACUUACUGCGUUUUGCAAGUGAAUCAAAUAAGUCUGUAUAUAGUUGUCAUGAUUUCAUUCUCUUAAAACUUGGAAUUCCUCGUUGAUUAAAUUUCAAGGUGGAUCAAUUUUGUCUAUUAGUAUUGAAUUAUAUGGCGGUCUUCCAACUUUAAUGCCGAUCUGAUUUCAAAUUCUAUAUUCCCAUCAAAUUCUACGAAUAGAAAUACUUCAUUAGUCUCUCAAUGCAUUCCAUCGAAUCGAUUAAAUCUUAAGUAUCCAGUUAAGAAGAUAAUUGAUUUACUUUUUAUGACUUUCUCAAUUAAUUUCUUCCGAUUCAAGCCGUUCCCCCUCCCCUCCCCUGAAAACAAAAAGAUACGAGAGGGAAAGCAAGACUCUAGAUCUGGUCGUUAAGUAAUCCAAUGCACGUAAUAUAGGAUAUAGCAGUAAAUUAUUAGGCAGUGGAUUUAUUACGAAAUACAAUGUAACACGAGUAAAAAAAUAUAUCAUAAUGAUUAAUAUGUUAAGAUGCGAUUUAUCUUAGAACCCAUAGAUUUUUUAUAACGUUGUAGUUUGGAAAACACAAGCUAGGAUCUAUCUGCCGUUGGAGAUUGUCGAACAUUUUUGAAACUUUGGACAGAGUGAAAAUCGGAGGAGAAAUGUCACGGUGCUAUCAUUUUAUGUAUUUGUUAUAAUUUAUAUCGAUUAAGUUUGUAAUAACAACUAUUAAGUAAGUGACGAAUUUGAUUAUAUCGAAUGAAAUGUACAGAAUGGCGAAUCACACAAACAGUGCGGAAAAACUGAUUGGUGUGAUCGCGUAAAAAGUGAUCAAAUGUAAAAUGAAAAAGUCAAUCUUUUACGGAUCGAAAAAUCACUUUCAUCGUACGAUCGCUAUGUGCGGAAUCCAAACAUUUAAUCAAACUCAAUUUGAUCAAAAUUUAUAUUCGCAAUGUUUCUCGUUUUAACGUAUUUUUUUUUCAACACAUAUUUUGUCGUGAUUUUUUUAUAGCGCGGGAAUGUGGCUCAAUUAUACGAUUUGAUAAUCCUGUGCGUGAAAGGUGAUCAAACAGAAAAAUAUCGAGAGAAGUAUACCUAUUUGUGAAAUAGAUAAUCAAUAUCCGCGGUUCGCAUGCUUACGGAAUGUUGUACAUUGCAUAGGUAAGAGAUUAGGCCGCAUUGUACAUAAAAUUCAUAAUCGAUAAUGUAUCAUGUUAUAGGGGAACUUAAGCAUGAAUCAAAAAUGACAGAAUUAAAACCGAAACAAGCGAGUAUAGAAUAUUAUAUUGUAAAAAUAUUCAUCGACGUGAAUACUGU